AUGUGCCAUUAUGACUCGGACCUUGGGUAUAGAGACCGGGUCACUCUAGCUAUAGAACGGACUGUUCAUUGGCUUACUGACCGAUUGAACGCGCGCGUAUCUGUACAACACGAAAGAGGACGCGGUUGCUGUCCAUUGAGUAUAUUAUGGACAUCUAUUUAUAGCAUUUCAAUGAGAUCACAGCAGCACCAUCCUGUGCUUUUGGAACCAAGACGUCCACAAAGACAAAUUCUAUUUUCUAAAACACGAGGACCGGAUAUUGCAGGCCCGUCUUUGAUGAGGAUCAUGCCUGUUUUACAAAACGGUAGACCAAGUACUCACCAUUGCUUUUGCUUCAAAAAAGAUUCUGUCGAAGAAGAAGAACCUACAAAAGGAAGAGUGAAGAGGGUGCUUGGAUGCAAAGAAGCUCAAACACUUGUGGAGCUCCCUGAACUUUCAAAGUCUCCUUCGAAUGUAUUUCAUUUGGGCAAAAUUCCUAAAUCACCGACUUUUGAAAUGUCUAUUGCUCGAAGGGUAGCAGAAUGA